AUAUCAAAACAUGUGCUUCGCGAUGAUAUUAUUGAAUGAAGUAAAAUUAAAAUGUGCAACCACGCCAUUUCCGUUUGUACUUCGUGCAAUUCAUUGUGCUUUGUUUUAUGUAAUAAAUUUACUUUGUGUACAUCACACCUCGUUACAUUGUGACGGAUCCUUUGCCAUGGUCGUAAUGCGUAUUCCGAAUUUUUCUUUAAAACAUACAUUUGAUUUGACAUCGAUUUUUCACGGUAUCGGUGCUUGAGAUUAUUAUAUAAAUAAAAAUAAAAACUAUCAUGGAAUCGAGUAGUCGUCUUGGGUUUUGUGAAGUGUGCAGUAGUGAUUUGGCCAAAUACUGUUGUCCUAGGUGUGAAGUUAAAACGUGUUGUUUAGCAUGCGUGAACAUUCACAAAAAAGAAUUAGAUUGCGAUGGUAAAAGAUAUAAGACAGGAUUCAAAAAACUAGAGAAAUUUAAUGAUAACGAAAUGAGUCAAGAUUACAGACUUAUGAACGAGUUUAUUGAAGUUGUUGGAGAGUUUAAAAUGAAAACUCAACGCUUAUCAAAUUUAGCUCCUGGAUUUCGAAGAUUACGUUACCAAGCUUAUCAACGAAAUGUUCGAUUACAAAUAUUACCAAAUUCUACCAUGAAUAAAAAUAAUACAUCAUUUUUUAACCACAAACUAAAUAAAAUAUUUUGGCGUAUAGAUUGGAUAUUUCAUGGUAUUGAUGUAAAAUUCACCAAUCACAAAGUUCCCGAGUAUCAAAAAAUAAAUGAUAUUGUCAGAAAUUAUUUCUCAUUAGAAUUUCAUGAAGAUGAAGUAAAAGAAAAAAUGAAAUUUUAUAUCUCUGCUGGAAUUAGAGGUGUAACAUUUUUAAUGAAAAGUUCAUUUGGAAAAUAUUACGAACUUGAUCCUGAAGAUUCAAUUUCAUAUAGUUUAAGAUACAAAUCAAUAUUAGAAUACCCAGAAAUAUUAGUUGUUUUAACUAUUCACAAAGAUGCAUUUAGUGAACUUAUUUGUGAGAAUUCAACCUACAAUAACAAUAAAUCAAAAUUUAAUUGAUACAAUUUAUUUUUAUUUUUCCAAGACCUAUAACUAUUAACUGUAUUAAUAUAUACUUCAAUAAUGUUUUAACAGAAAAUUAGCAAACAUAAAAG